AUGUUUACAACGGCACCGAUACUAGCUCAUUUCAAUCCGGAUCGAAAAAUUGUGAUAGAAACCGAUGCAUGUGACUAUGUUUCAGCAGGAAUCCUAUCUCAACGUGAUAACGAAGGAAUCCUACAUCCAGUUACUUUCUUUUCCAAGAACCAUUCUCCUGCAGAAUGCAACUACGAAAUCUAUGACAAAGAACUUUUAGCAAUUAUACGAUGCUUCGAAGAAUGGCGACAUCGCCUGGAGGGAGCUCAAUUUCCAAUUGAAGUUCUUAGCGACCAUCGGAAUCUUGAAUAUUUUAUGACAACAAAAUUGUUAAAUCGUCGACAAGCUCGUUGGUCCGAAUUUCUUUCACGUUUUGAUUUCGUUAUACAAUUUCGGCCAGGAAAACAAGGAACAAAACCAGAUGCAUUAACUAGGAGGUCAGAUGACUUACCUAAAGAGGGGGAUGAACGGUUGACGCAUCAGAGUCAAGUGAUUUUGAAGCGAAAAAAUUUGGGUACCAAGCUAAGUUUGUUCGCGGGUUCUUUGUCAAAUGAAUCCACUGAAGGAGCGUGUAACGGGGGUCCUUUCUAA